GCGGCCUCGGGGACCCCCGCGCCCCCGGCCCGGAGUCAGGCGGACAAGCCGGUGCUGGCAAUCCAAGUCCUGGGCACUGUCAAAUGGUUCAACGUGCGGAAUGGUUACGGAUUCAUCAACAGGAAUGACACCAAGGAGGAUGUCUUUGUUCACCAGACAGCUAUUAAAAGAAACAACCCGAGGAAGUUUCUGCGCAGCGUUGGAGAUGGGGAGACUGUGGAGUUCGAUGUCGUGGAAGGAGAGAAGGGCGCAGAAGCUGCUAAUGUAACUGGGCCCGGAGGGGUGCCGGUGAAGGGCAGCCGCUAUGCCCCCAACCGACGUAGGUUCCGCCGAUUCAUCCCCCGGCCCCGCCCAGCUGCCCCGCCACCCAUGGUGGCAGAGGCUCCGUCGGGCCGGACAGAACCAGGCAGCGAAGGGGAGCGUGCUGAAGACUCCGGGCAGCGGCCCAGACGACGGCGCCCACCACCCUUCUUCUACCGACGGCGCUUUGUGCGAGGCCCUCGGCCCCCCAACCAGCAGCAGCCCAUAGAGGGCACUGACAGAGCAGAACCCAAAGAGACAGCCCCGUUGGAGGGGGACCAACAGCAGGGAGAUGAGCGGGUCCCCCCACCCAGAUUCCGGCCCAGGUACCGAAGGCCUUUCCACCCCAGGCCACCCCAGCAGCCCACCACAGAAGGUGGGGAUGGUGAGACCAAGCCCAGCCAAGGCCCCACUGACGGUUCCCGGCCUGAGCCCCAGCGCCCACGAAACCGCCCCUACUUCCAGCGGAGACGGCAGCAGCCCCCUGGACCCGGGCGGCCUAUAGCCCCGGAGACCUCGGCCCCCAUCAACAGUGGGGACCCCCCAACCGCCAUACCGGAGUGAUUCCAACUCAAAGGACACCCAGAGCCACCAUCUGGUAUCUGCCAGUUUUUCCAACUGACCUGUAUCCUACCCAGCACCUCCCUCCCCGCUUUUCCACAAUUCAUGACAUCAAAACACCAGCUUUUCCCCUUUUCCUGGAGACUCAGGAGGGCCAAAGCAACAGCCUUUGGCUUUUUUUUCUCUCUCUCCCUGACCAAGGGUUAAAGGAAGGGAUCCAUCCUUAUUGUUUAGAGGCACCAUCUCCCUCCCCUAAAUCAGGCUGAGAAGGAACCAGC